UUCCAUUUUGGAUUCCUAGUGUUCUCGCCGAGUUCUUGCUCUUGUCGCCUUCCCUCCCUUCCGCUUACCUCGUUUCGCUUUACCUCCUUCGAGCCUACGGGUAGAUCUGAGAACAAAUCGGAUAAGACAGAGAGAGGGAGGAACAACAAUGGCGGCUGGGAUGGCGACGGAAUCACUGAGGUGGCCUCGCUGGCUGGCUCUCGGUCUUUUGGUGCUCGUCGGGUGGUUUGGAGUCGAACAGACCGCCUCAUCGAGGAUCGGAGUGGCAGCGGGGGAGGCGGCAGUGGCGAGGAGGAAUUUGAGACAAACUGUAGCAGCUAACCAGUCUUCCAGUUCCGGUAUACUGGAGAGUGUUAGUCGAGAUGUGGCAGUGGGCGCGGUCGACGAUCCGGAGUUUGUCGCAGCUCAGGUGCACAAGCUGAUCGACAACAGCACCGCACGUCGGGAGCUUGGCUACUUGUCAUGCGGGACCGGGAAUCCCAUCGACGACUGUUGGCGUUGCGACCCGGAGUGGCACUUCAACCGUAAGCGCCUCGCCGACUGCGGCAUCGGCUUCGGCCGCAACGCCAUCGGCGGCCGCGACGGGCGCUUCUACGUGGUGACCGACCCCGGGGACGACGACCCCGUCAAUCCCCGCCCGGGCACCCUCCGCUACGCCGUCAUCCAGGACGAGCCGCUCUGGAUCGUCUUCAAGCGCGACAUGGUCAUCACUCUCUCCCAGGAGCUCAUCAUGAACAGCUUCAAGACCAUAGACGGCCGCGGUACCAAGGUCCACAUCGCCUACGGCGCCUGCAUCACCAUCCAGUUCGUCACCAACAUCAUCGUCCACGGCCUCCACAUCCACGACUGCAAGCCCACCGGUAACGCCAUGGUCCGCAGUUCCCCCUCCCACUACGGUUGGCGCACCAUCGCUGACGGCGACGGCGUCUCCAUCUUCGGCUCCAGCCACAUCUGGGUCGACCACAACUCCCUCUCCAACUGCGCUGACGGCCUCAUCGAUGCCAUCAUGGGAUCCACCGCCAUUACCAUCUCCAACAACUACUUCACCAACCAUAACGAGGUGAUGCUGUUAGGUCACAGCGAUUCUUACGUGAGGGACAAAGCCAUGCAAGUAACCAUUGCCUUCAACCAUUUCGGAGAAGGUCUCAUACAAAGAAUGCCUAGAUGUCGGCAUGGCUACUUCCACGUAGUGAACAAUGACUACACUCACUGGGAGAUGUACGCCAUCGGUGGCAGUGGCGAUCCCACCAUCAACAGCCAAGGCAACAGAUACCUUGCCCCGGUGAACCCAUUCGCAAAGGAGGUGACUAAGCGGGUGGAUACCGAUUCAAAUGUGUGGAAGGGUUGGAACUGGAGAUCAGAAGGCGAUCUCCUAUUGAACGGCGCCUACUUCACCCCCUCUGGCGCCGGAGCCUCGGGCAGUUAUGCCAAGGCCUCCAGCCUGGGGGCCAAGUCUUCCUCCAUGGUUGGCUCCAUCACCUCCGGCGCCGGUGCCCUGCGCUGCCUCCGGCGCACCCACUGCUGAACAUUUGAUUCAUUCAGCUAGCGCACCAUGACCACACUACAAAAAACAAAAAUAAAUAAAUCAACAAAGGGUAAUUAAAUUAAGUCCAUUUGCAUUUGACCGAGUUGCAUAUAUAGUUUUCUCUUUGUCUCACGGUCAUUCCUCGCCGAUCGCUUUACUGUCUCUCUCGACCUCCGCUGCUUCCAGCGUAAUCAAACGCUUGCGGAGCAGCUGGAAGCGUUGCUGAUUUCAAUUACCUUCCGCCAUUGUUUCAAUUAGUAUUUCAAGUGGCUUUAUCUGCGAGUCUCUGGAAGAAGCUUCGUCCAUUAUAUUUAUGAAGAAGAUUAAAUGGAUCAGGGGCGAAAUGUGUCCUCUUCUUUUUGUUCCCUAAUUUCAAGGCUCUGUGACAUUAAGUGUACUUAUGUCCUCUUAGUUUGCUUUAUCUGUGGGUCUCUGGAAGAAGCUUCGUCCAUUUAUGAAGAAGAUUGAAUGGAUCUGGGGCGAAAUGUGUCCUCUUGUUCCCUAAUUUCAAGGCUAUAUGACAUUAAUUGUUAUGUCCUCUUAGUUUGCUUGUAAACGUUAUGCAGUACUGUCAUAAAUAAUGAAUAUCAAGCAAGUCGAAUGAUAAAAUAUUUGCUUCUGUUAUUCUUUUGAUUGUGUCAGUUCCUUUGCCAUUGUCAUAGUAAAAUAUUUAAAUUAAUUAUCAUCC